AUGUCUACCGCCGAGCUUGCCUCUUCUUACGCCGCUCUCAUCCUCGCCGAUGACGGUGUCGAUAUCACUUCCGACAAGCUCCAAUCCCUCAUCAAGGCCGCAGGCAUCGACUCUGUUGAGCCCAUCUGGACCUCCCUCUUCGCCAAGGCUCUUGAGGGCAAGGAUGUCAAGGAUCUUCUCUUGAACGUCGGUUCCGGAGGAGGUGCUGCCCCCGCUGCUGGCGGUGCUGCCGCUGCCGCUGGUGGUGACGCCGCUGCCGCCGAGGAGGAGGCACCAAAGGAGGAGGAGAAGGAGGAGUCAGACGAGGACAUGGGCUUCGGUCUUUUCGACUAA